AUGGCCAAGAGCCACACCAUCCCCCUCACGGACCUCACCCACGUGCUCCGACGCCGGCAGCUGACCACCGUCACCUUCCUCACCACCCCGGGCAACGCAGCGUUCGUCCGCGCCGCGCUGGCCGGCGCCGACGGCGUGGCCAUCGUGGAGCUCCCCUUCACCGACAACCUGACCGACUCAGGCGCCCCACCGCGCGCGGAGUGCGUCGAGGCCCUCGACUCGCUGUCCUCCUUGCCGGCCUUCGUCGAGUCCGUCUCGCAGCUGCGGCCGCGGUUCGAGGAGGCGCUCACCGCCCUGCGGCCCCCUGCCAGCGCCGUCGUCGCCGACGCGUUUCUGUACUGGGCUCCCGCGGCCGCGGCCGCGCAGGACAUCCCGGCGCUGGCGUUCUUCGGCACGAACGUGUUCGCGCACGUCGCCCGGGAGGUGGUCCUGGGCGACAACCCGGCCUCCGUGCUCACCCGCGCCACCACUCCGGACGACGCCGUGUUCACCGUGCCAGAUCGAGUUCCCGCACGUCCAGCUCACCCUCGCCGACAUCCCGGUCCCCUUCAACGACCCGACGAGGCGACGACGACGGGGCCGAGCCGCGAGAUGGACGCCAAGGUCGGGUACGCCAUAGCCAACAGCGACGGCCUGAUCGUCAACGCCUUCGACGCCAUGGAGGCCCGCUACAUCCAGCACUGGAACCGGCACGUCGGGCCGAGGGCCUGGCCCGUCGGCCCGAGGGCCUGGCCCGUCGGCCCGCUCUGCCUCGCUCAGACGGCGCCCGAGGCGCCGUGGCACUGGCAUGGCGACGUCGCCAAGCCUGCUUGGAUGCGGUGGCUCGACGAGAAGGCCACUGCCGGCCGUGCCGUCCUCUACGUCGCGCUUGGCACGUUGGUGGCCGUACCGGGCUCUGAGCUGAGGGAGGUGGCGGACGGGCUGGACCGAGCAGGCCACGGCGGCUGGAACUCGGCGCUGGAGAGCAUCAGCGCCGGCGUGCCGCUGGCGGUGUGGCCGAUGGGUGCCGAGCAGCCGCUCAACGCAAAGCUGGUUGUCGACGAGCUGGGAGUUGGGAUCAGGGUGCCAGCAAAAAGUGACGCGGUCAGCGGGAUGGCCCGAAGCGAACAGAUUGCCAGGGUGACUAGCGACCUGAUGACCGGGGAGAAGGGCGCCGAGGCUGCCAGGAAAAUGGCUGCGUUACAGUUCAAAGAAAAAUGGCUGCGUUGGGCAGCGAAGGCGCGGGAGGCCGUGGCCGAGGCCGGGUCGUCGUGGAGAGCCGUGGAUGAGCUCAUCGGUGUGUUCAGCAAGCGGAGCACACAAUCCUAG